GGAAGCAAAAAAACGAGAUGAAGAAGAACGUCUCAAACGUGAAGAAGAUGAUAAACUGCGAUUAGAGCGUGAAGAAGCCGAAAAGAAAGCGAAAGAGGAAGCUGAAAAGCAAAGAAUUGAAGUAGCCGAACGCUUAAAACGAGAAGAAAAAGAACGCGAAGAAAGACGAAAACGUGUGGAAGCUAUUAUGUCACGUACACGCAGAGGAGGUGCUGCAGCUACGCCUAAUUCCACACCUGUAAAAGAAAAUGAUUCUCCAAAAACUACUUCAAAUGAUCAAGAAAAUUCACAACCAUCUUCUACAGAAAUAAAUUCAAGUAGUGAUAGUAAUUCAACUUCAGGAACAGCUACUACAACAACUACUCCAACACCUGCAACUAUACCAACUCAAAUGCCAGUUAGGAAUAGUAAUGAAGCUCCUAACACUCAGGCUAUGUAUGAGCAAGCAGUUAUUGAUAAGGAGAAUUCACUUAUUAAUAGUUUCUCCAAUAUGAUUAUUGGAGAAAAUGUAAAAAAUUUACAACAACAACAAUUGCAACAACAACCACAAAUUCUUGAAGUAACAAAUGGCAAACUGCAUGCUGAUGAUAUUAUAUUUCAAAAUACAACAACAACUACAGUGGCCAAUGGGAAUGGUCAUAUCGAAAAUAUUAAUAACAAAAACGAUAUUAAUAUUUUACAAGAUGUAGCACCGAAUCAGUUGAUUGAUCUAAGCAUUGAGUCACAAGACCUUAAUACAGUUAAUUUCAAUAAUAAUAAUAGUUUACUGACUACAACAACUACAGCAACACUAGUCACUGCUGAUAGUCACGAUAACCAAGAUAUAUCAUUGCUGUGAGUUUGAAAAUGUUGCAGAAAAUAUACUUCUGAUAGCUUGCAUGAAUGGGAAAGUAAAUAUUUAUUUUAAGAUAAUUUAUGCGACAAAUUAUGGUUACUAGAAAUUAAGGCUUUAAAAAUAACAUAUGAAAUUGCAAGUAUGCAUAGUUUAUGAAAGAUGAAAAUAUAAAUAAAACCGUAUAUAUUGAAAGAAAUUAAAAAGCAAAACUAUUAUGCUUAACAGAAACAGAACAGAAACGUUUAGUGAAAGAUGUGCUUUGAAAAUAAAUGAAGAAUCUAAGCAUGAUUUGUAAAUGUGGUUAGAAAGAAGCAUAAUUCAUACUGAGAUCUUAUUAGUUUAUUUAUGUAAAACAUAUAAUAAAAAUUAUAUACAAAUUAAAUAUAUUCUAGAAAUCUAAACACAAACUAAAAAUCAAAGAUUUAAAAAGUUAAAGAAAACUGGAGAAAAAAGUUAGAACUACUACUAAAAUGCGAAAGUCAUAUUAGCAAAAAAUGAAUACAGUAAAGCUAAAUAAGAAAAUAAGCUUUUGCAAGUAUAUAUUUUAGAAUUUUUAAAAAUAUUUAAACGAUUUAAAAUGCACAAAUAAGAGCAUCUAUGCAAAAAUAUUUUAUGCCUAGCUUCUGUGUAUUUGGUAAACUUAUAUGAAAAAGCAACAGCGCCACAAUAACUAUUAAUUCUAAUAAUAAUAGUUAAUA